AAGUGCUAACCGUAAAACCCCUUAGUAGUUUUCAGCACUGCCAUUUGGGUUUACCAAUCAAAUGCUUCCCACAAAGUUCUCUUCUUCAACUUUCUCUUUUUCUUUCUCUUAAUCGCUUUCUUUUAUUCUUUACUAUCUCAUCACCCCAUUUUCUCUAUACCCCCUUUGUUAUUACUGACUUGAUGAUGGUGAUAGUGUAGCAUUCAUGGACACCUUUAAUUUUUGAUGUAAUGAACAGGUUUUCGAAGAAAUAUUUCUGAGCCAAUGGAAAGUUUCAAUGUCGUGGGUCCCUAAAUCCCCCAACUUUGAAGUUUAGAACACCAUAUAAUGGUGACUUGUGUGUCAACAAAUUUUGCGCAUUCUAAUGCUUUAGGGGUGUUGAAUGUUGUUAGAGGAAGAACAUUGAUUGAGAGUUUCCCUAAGAGAGUUAGUUUCAUGAAAAAGUUUGAUAGUAAUAAUGGAUUUCUAGGUGGUGUAAGAAAAUUAGGGUUAGUUCAAUUUAAGUGUUUAGCUAGUUCCAAUAAUGUUAGUUCAUAUCAUAGUCAAGACUCUUUUUUACAUCUACAUCCAGAGAUUUCGAUGCUUAGAGGUGAAUCAAGCGGAAUAGUGAACAUUCCAAGAAAUGAUAGUUUAGGUGAGGAUUUAUCAGAGAGCUUAGGAGUUACAUCUAGUGAAAGUAGUUAUAAUCAGGCAAAGAUCAAAGUUAUUGGUGUUGGAGGUGGUGGAUCGAACGCGGUGAAUCGAAUGAUAGAGAGUUCGAUGAAUGGAGUAGAGUUUUGGAUUGUUAAUACUGAUGUACAGGCAAUGAGAAUGUCGCCUGUUUUUCCUGAGAAUCGUCUGCAAAUUGGUUUGGAGCUUACACGAGGUCUUGGUGCCGGUGGUAACCCUAAGACUGGAAUGAAUGCUGCCAAAGAAAGCAGAGAAUCGAUUGAAGAGGCGGUUUAUGGAGCUGAUAUGGUCUUUGUUACAGCGGGAAUGGGCGGUGGAACUGGAACAGGCGGUGCUCCGAUUAUUGCUGGUGUUGCAAAGUCGAUGGGUAUACUGACUGUUGGGAUUGUCACAACACCUUUUUCAUUUGAAGGGAGAAAAAGAGCCAUUCAAGCACAAGAAGGAAUUACAGCUCUAAGAGAUAAUGUAGAUACUCUAAUUGUUAUUCCAAAUGACAAACUGUUAACCGCGGUUUCUCAAUCAACGCCUGUAACUGAAGCAUUCAAUCUUGCUGAUGAUAUUCUUCGACAGGGCGUUCGUGGCAUAUCUGAUAUUGUUACAAUACCAGGGUUGGUAAAUGUAGAUUUUGCCGAUGUUCGAGCUAUAAUGGCCAAUGCUGGUUCUUCACUGAUGGGGAUAGGAACUGCAACUGGGAAAACAAGAGCAAGAGAUGCUGCAUUAAAUGCUAUCCAAUCACCUUUACUAGAUACUGGUAUAGAGAGAGCUACUGGAAUUGUAUGGAACAUAACUGGUGGGAGUGAUCUAACCUUGUUUGAGGUAAAUGCGGCUGCAGAGGUUAUCUAUGACCUGGUCGACCCUAGUGCUAAUUUAAUUUUCGGAGCAGUAAUAGAUCCAUCACUCACUGAUCAAGUAAGCAUAACAUUAAUUGCAACUGGAUUCAAGUGUCAAGAGGAAAAUGAAGAAAGGUCGCCCUUACAGGCUAAUCAGCUCGCUCAGGGUGAUACAGCCGUCGGUUUCAAUGGGCGACCCUCCUCUUUCUUGGAUGAUGCUAGUUUGUUUGAGAUCCCUGAAUUCUUAAAGAAGAAAGGACGCUCACGCUAUCCGAGAGUUUAAAUACUCUUCUUCAUUUCUUCACGAUUCAUCAAUUUUUACUCAAGCGUUGUUGAUACAGUUUCGGUUUGUUCAUGUAGACUUCUGCAAAUUACUUGAGGAAUUGAAGCUUUUAUGAUUUCCUUGUUUGCAUAUUUGAAUAAGUUAAUUUAGCUUGUAUUCUUGUACAGGAAUAUUUCUUAAUGCUCAGAGCCUGUUAUAAUUCUUUGGCCUGUUUCAUGAAUA